AUGGCCAAUAUGCAGCGACCAGUUCGGCAGCGCGGUGAGCUCUUCCGCCAGCGAGGCAUCUUCUUGCCAUCAAUAUCGACAACAGCGCCAAUCAAGCGUCAUCAACACAUCUCUCAACAACUCGAAUAUUCACAAGACGAACGUCAACAAAACGAAGCCCAACAAGUAGCUCAAGAAACAAGACGAAGAUCAAAUCACACAUCCAACGAACUCACGAUGUCGGUACCCGAGUCGCGAGCUUCAAGCCUGGAACAAUACCAGGAGUUUUUCAACAAUCGCCUGCUGAGGCAAUGUCUGGACCCAAGAUACUUUGUUCCUGGGCCCUUUCUAAGGGAACUGGACGAUAACGACCCAUACGAAUGUACGGGAGAGGCUUUGUACAAGAAGUUGUUCAAAGAAACCCGCUACAAAGUUUCGUACUUUGAGAAGGGUGGCAGGCGCCCGGCCCAGGUCACAGAGUUCUGGGAUGGAGUCAGAGAAUCUCUCCAGGAUGGUGAUUCUGAGCAGUACCAAGAUUGGCCUCCAGAGGACGAAGAGCUUGUUCCAACAGAGCAAGCCAGAAAGCAUAAGUAUAAAGUUACGGCCAAAGGACCGACAAGGUGGAAGCCAAAUGUCAGGGAAGAUUGGAAGAAGAAUGCCGAAUAUAUGAAAUAUGUGAGAGGUUAUUUGAUGGAGAAGAAGAGAAGCGGGAUAUUAGGUCUGGACGCACGGACCACUCUGGGGCCCAUGCUGUAA